AUUAUCUGAACAGCGAAAAAUCAAUAUUCUCAAACUAUAAAUGUUACAUGACUGCUCAAACAUCAGUAUCUAAUUUACAAUUUCCUUCAAGUUCGACUACUCUUGGAGAGUUAGAGAGGAAGAACAUCGCUAACUCUCAGAGGUCUGCGGCCUCUGAGAGGUUUGCAACCUCUGAAAACUUCUCGCCAUUCCGCUGCUUUCUGGCAGGUCUAACAUGGAUCUUGACAAUUCUUCGCUUCACCAGGAAAAACAGAGUUUCGACAGAAUUUGGUACAAAUCCGAAAUCUGUUCCGAAGCUAAUCAAAGUAAAACCAGCAGCAGCGAAUAAACCAAUUCCUUCUGUUGGGAAUACAUCUUCACAUGAUGAUGUCUCGCAGGCAACACCCAGAACAUACAGAAAUGGCUGUGAGCGGAGGAAACAGAAUUCCAUUCCUAAAUUGGAUUCUGGAAAUUCACAACCUUCUUCAUUGAGCCGAUGUUCCACACCGCAAGACAAACCAGAAAGAGCUCUGAAUCGAACACCAGAUUCGCCAGCAAAAUCUGGGCAAGAAAAUAACAAGGAGGUUAAGAUCAAUACUCCGUCAUGUGAUGAUGUGAAAUCCACUACUUCUGUGAGACCAAAAUCUAUGCAGAAGAAAAAAAAGCAGAGAGAUGAUUGCAGAUCACCAUAUCUGGUACAUCCUACCGAAAUGAUUCGAGCAAAACCUCAGACAGUUCGCACUGCUCUGAAAGAAAAGAUCUCGAAUAAAGUGGUUGAAUCUCCAUCUCCACGUUCUGCUCCUGUCUCCACCAUUAAAAAUAAUGGUCAAAGUGAGACAACAAAUAAAUCAGAAGAUAGCAAACAAUUAUCUUCUGAGAAUCCAGUCAAUCCUGGAAACAAUCCAGAUGACUCACAAGGAAAAACAUCAAGCCCUGUGAAUGAUUCCCCAACUUCUGAGCCACUUUCACUGAACAGUGAACAAGAUGAGCCAGUCAAGAAGGAUGGGGAUGACAAAGAGUUGACUGAGGAAACACCAGCCAGGCCUGAAUCUCGUUUCUUCCAUUACCAACCAAAGCUCUUGGGUCAAAUUUCGACCUUCCGAUUCAAGAGAAAAGAUGGGACAGACGGACAUGUAGGAUGUGGCGAUCCUGCAACUCAAUGGGUCUUUGGUCCAAAAAAGCCAUCUCCACCUUCGGUUUUCCUGUCUAUCAAUUUCAAAGACCUGGGUACAGUGAAAAGAGAUGGUGGACAGUCAUCCAUAUGGUCGCAAUUUGGAACCACAGAAACCACACCACGUCUUGUCAAAGACUAUACUCCUGAAGUGACAAAAUCAUCUCAGUCGAAGAAAAAUUUGGCAGAUGCAUUCAGAUUUCCUUUUCGGGUUCCAUCAAGCCCCGAAGCUCGUUCUUCUUACUUCCAGAGGAAAAUCUUCGGAUCUGCAAUUGAAAACCCUCCCCCUCCAACACCAUCAGUUUCUUUCAGUUUUGGACAAGCUUUUGAGACUCAACCAACACCCAGAGAAAGUCUCAUCGAUUGCCAAAGAAAGAACUUCGGUUAUUGGAACGAAACACCACCACCGUCAGCUCGUUCGUUUUCUGACGACCAACAAGAGAUUGGCUACAGAGAAGGAAUAGACAGAACGGUACUAACCAAGCCUGAUCCUGGACUUGAUUAUGAGUUGACUAAUUUCCAACAGUACGAGUCGGAAUCGAACGUUUCAUCUCCAGAGUGUCAUGUUCGUUUCUUCAACGAUGGCGUGGAAGUAUUUCUUGAAAAAACUCCACCGAGAUCUGGAAGAAGGCGACGAAAUACUUCACCACCUGCAAGAGAUUCUCCCAAAAUCGAGGAAAUUGGAGAUGGCGAAAAAAUUCCAACAAAAGCUGAAUCAAGACCUGAAAGCAAAUUGACUGAUUUGCAGGAAAGCAGCUCGGAAUCAGAGGUUGAGACUCAUGUUCGUUUCUUCAACGAUGGCGUGGAAGUAUUUCUUGAUAAAACUCCACCAAGAUCUAGGAGGAGGCGAAGAAAGACUUCAGCGUUCGCAAAUGAUUCUCAAACUUUUGGUUCUUCCAGAAUGGCACAGUAUGCAGCAGUCAAGGAAAUUGGGGGAGUCGAUAGAAUACCAUCGAAGACUUAUUCUGGACUCGAAAGCAAAUUGACUGAUUUGCAAGAAAAGAACUCAGAGUCUGAUAGAGAAUCUCCAAUAUCCGAUUCUCAUUUCUUUGAUGAAAAAUCAGAAGAAUCCAAGAAAAUUGAUGAUGUCAAGCAGUCUAGAAGUCAAGCAAAACCUGAAAACAUCUUGGGUGAUUUGCAAGAAAAGACUUCAGCGUCUGCAGAUGAUUCUCAAACUUUCGAUUCUUCCAAAAUGGAACAGGAUGCGGCGGUCGAGGAAAUUGGUGAUGGUGAUAAAAUGCCAUCAGAGUUACCAUCAGAAGAGAAGACAACCGGUGAUAACACCACAGACUCGGCCGAGUAUAAACCGGAACAUAGUGAUUUGCAAGAAAAGACUUCAGUCACUGUGGCUAAACCUUCAACUUCCUCUCCCAUCUCUCUGAACAGAGAUCAACAGGAAUCAAGCAAGGAGGUUGAAGAUGUCAAAUCAUUGUCGUCUGAGGCUGAAUCAAGACCUGAAAGCAAAUUGACUGAUUUGCAGGAAAGCAGCUCAGAAUCAGAGGUUGAGACUCAUGUUCGUUUCUUCAACGAUGGCGUGGAAGUAUUUCUUGAUAAAACUCCACCAACAUCUAGGAGGAGGAGAAGAAAGACUCCAGCAUUCGCAAAUGAUUCUCAAACCGUCGGUUCUUCCAGAAUGGCACAGUAUGCAGCAGUCAAGGACAUUGGAGAUGUCGAUAGAAUACCAUCAAAGACUGAAUCUGGACUUGAAAGCAAAUUGACUGAUUUGCUAGAAAGGAACUCAGAGUCUGAUAGAGAAUCUUCAAUAUCUGAUUCUCUUUUCUUUGAUGAAAAACCAGAAGAAUCCAAGAAAAUUGAUGAUGUCAAGCAGUCUAGAGGUCAAACAAAAUCUGAAAACAUCUUGGGUGAUUUGCAAGAAAAGACUUCAGCGUCUGCAGAUGAUUCUCAAACUUUCGAUUCUUUCAAAAUGGAACAGGAUGCGGCGGUUGAGAAAAUUGGUGAUGGUGUUAAAAUGCCAUCAGAGUUACCAUCAGAAGAGAAGACAACCAGUGAUAACACCACAGACUCGGUCGAGUAUAAACCGGAACAUAGUGAUUUGCAAGAAAAGACUUCAGUCACUGUGGCUAAACCUUCAACUUCCUCUUCCAUCUCUCUGAACAGAGAACAACAGAAAUCAAGCAAGGAGGUUGAAGAUGUCAAAUCAUUGCCGUCUGAGGCUGAAUCAAGACCUGAAAGCAAAUUGACUGAUUUGCAGGAAAGCAGCUCGGAAUCAGAGGUUGAGACUCAUGUUCGUUUCUUCAACGAUGGCGUGGAAGUAUUUCUUGAAGAUACUCCCCCAAGAUCUAGAAGGAGGAGAAGAAAAACUUCAUCGUCUGCAAAUGAUUCUCAAACUUUUGAUUCUUCCAGAAUGGCACAGUAUACAGCAGUCAAGGAAAUUGGUGAUGACGAUAAAAUACCAUCAAAGUUACCAUCAGAAGAGAAGACAACCAGUGAUAACACCACAGACUCGGCCGAGUAUAAACCGGAACAUAGUAAUUUGCAAGAAAAGACUUCAGUCACUGUGGCCAAACCUUCAACUUCUCCCAUCUCUCUGAACAGAGAGAAACAAGAAUCAAGCAAGGAGGUUGAAGAUGUCAAAUCAUUGCAGUCUGAGACUCUGAUCCAACUCCAAUGCAAAUUAGAUGAUGUCGAGAAAAAAGUUUCAGUUUCUGAGACAAAAUAUCCAUCCAUUAAUGCAAUGCAGGAUCAGGAAGUUGGAAAUGAUUCGAAAUUCAUAUUUCGUAACAAAAGACUAGCAAAAUUGAAAGAACCCUUCAACCCGGAUAUAAGAAGACCGGACGAUGCUCAAAUGAUUGACAGAAAAAUGAAAAAAGUCCAUCGAAAACAUUUUUCUUCAAAUCUAUGUGGCAUAGCAGAAGGAGAGGAACCAUUGGAAGAAAAUCAUGGCGAUGGUUCAGGCACUCAUGUUAUAAACAGAGAGAAAGAACAGCGUUCUUUGCCCAUUGAAGCCUUUCGUAUGGAAGGCACAAAUUUCUCUUCGAAGCUUCGUGAUAUAGUCGAGGUGGAUGAGCUUGAUGAAGGCUGUGAUGAAGCCGACAACAUUGAGCUGAUCCAAAAGGCAAUCAAUCGACAACGAAUAUCACCAGGGAAAAAACCAAUGGGUGAAAACUCUGUCGAAACAUUGGAUAACGAAGUAGAGAAGGAGCUGAAUUUACCAAUUACAAGUCAGAAAGAAGAGAAUUCAACAACAUUGGAAAGAGAAAUUCCAAAUGAGUUGUUCGAAAAAGAGGAAAUCGAAGAAAAGAUUGAUAAAGGAGAAUUUGGCAACACAUUCGAAACACUGAACGGUGAAAUUCCACAAUGUAGUUCUGGAAAACAAUGGGGAGAUGGAAAAGAUCUAGAUGAAGAAGGAAGGAAAAGUGUUCAAGUAUUAGUUAUACAUGGUGAUUCGGAGAGUUGUGAAAGCGUUAGUUCAAGUGAAUUGUUGAGCGAAGAGGAAAUUCGGUAUUAUGCCAAUAGAGGAGAAUUCGAAUUCGACAAUACAGAAGAAAAUUCAACAACAACUUUGGAAAGAGAAAUUCCAAAUAAGUUGUUUGAAGAAGAGGAAAUCGAAGAAAAGAUUGAUAAAGAAAGUGGCAAUUCAGAUGCAACAUCAAGGAACAAGGUAGCAGUAGCAGAAAUUCCACAAUGUAGUUCUGGAAAACAAUGGGGAGAUGGAAAAGAUCUAGAUGAAGAGGAAGGAAGGAAGAGUGUCCAAGUAUUAGUUGUACAUGGUGAUUCAGAUCGCUGUGAAAGUGUUAGUUCGAGUGAAUUGUUGAGCGAAGAGGAAAUUCGGUAUUAUGCCAAUAGAGGAGAAUUUGAAUUGGAUAAUGCAGAAGAGAAUUCAACAACAUUGGACAGAGAAAUUCCAAAUAAGUUGUUUGAAGAAGAGGAAAUCGAAGAAAAGAUUGAUAAAGAAAGUGGCGAUUCAGAUGCAAGGCAGGACAAGGCAGCGGAACAAACUGAUCCGCCAGCCAAGAAACGAAAAGGAAAGUUGAAAGGUGUGCUCAAGGCAUUGAGAAGAAUAGUACCAAACCAGAAUAACGAGAAACAUCAGAUUCCUGGUAAAAAUGACAAGAUGGCAAAGAAAGGCAAAAUGGAUGGUGAUAAUUCUGUCGAAACGUCGGAUAAUAAAGUAGAGAAAGAACUGGAUUUACCAGUUAAAAGUCGGAAAGGUGAAUUCGGCAACACACUCGAAUCAUUGAACGGAGAAAUUCCACAAUGCAGUUCUGGAAAACAAUGGGGAGAUGGAAAAGAUCUAGAUGAAGAAGGAAGGAAAAGUGUCCAAGUAUUAGUUAUACAUGGUGAUUCAGAGCAUUGUGAAAGCGUUAGUUCGAGUGAAUUGUUGAGCGAAGAGGAAAUUCGGUAUUAUGCCAAUAGAGGAGAAUUUGAAUUCGAAAAUGCGAAAGAGAAUUUAACAACAUUGGACAAAGACAUUCCGAAUAAGUUGUUUGAAGAAGAGGAAAUAGAAGAAAAGAUUGACAAAGGCAAGUUCAAAGGUGUACUCAAGGCAUUGAGAAGAAUAAUACCACACAAACGUAACGAGAAAAAUCCGAUUCCCGGUAAAAAUGACAAGAUGGCAAAGAAGGACAGAAUGAAUGAUAAUGACUCAUCUUCUGGUGAGGAAAUCAUAUUUCUGACUGAGCCAUCUUCGAAAAAAGUUUCUCGUGUAAAAAAAUUCUUCCGUGCCUUGAGGAGAAGAUUUUAAUGAUUUUACAUUUCAGUGAAAUUUUAUGAAAAAUCUUCUUUUAUUUAUUUUAUGAUAUUGUUUUGGUUUCUUUCGCAUUUUUGUGAUGUUCCAAUACAAUAUAUUUUU